GCGCCUCGCCGCAGGUGCCGCCGCGCGGGAGGCGCCAAGAUGGGCUCGCCGCUGAGCCCUCUGCAGCGGGAGCUGCUGGGCGCGCUGCUGGCCUCGGGCGCCACCAAGGAGGGCCUGCUGCGCGCCCUGGAGGAGCUGCUGCCCGGGCCCGCCGGCGUCAAGCUCGAGAGCCUGCCGCUCUCGCCCGCCGCCAGCGCCGCCGCCGGGCCCCCGGCCGAGGCCAAGCCGCUCUUCCCGGGCCUGGCCAACGGGCACGGCCGCGCCGCCGCCAAGCUGUCGGGCGACGAGGCCUCGGAGGACGGCGACGACUUCGACACGCCGCAGAUCCUGCGCGAGCUGCAGGCGCUCAACACCGAGGAGGCGGCCGAGCAGCGGGCCGAGGUGGAGCGCAUGAUCAGCGAGGAUCCUUGGCGAGCCGCGAAGAUGAUAAAGGGUUAUAUGCAGCAGCACAAUAUCCCUCAGAGAGAGGUGGUGGAUGUCACUGGCCUGAAUCAGUCCCACCUUUCGCAACACCUCAACAAAGGCACACCCAUGAAAACACAGAAGCGGGCAGCCCUCUAUACGUGGUACGUCCGGAAGCAGAGGGAGAUUCUCAGGCAAUUCAACCAGACAGUCCAGGGUUCUGGAAAUAUGACAGACAAAACCAGUCAAGAUCAGCUGCUGUUUCUCUUUCCAGAGUUCAACCAGCAAAGCCAGGGUGUGUGCCAGAUAGAUGAUCCCUGUGCCGAAACGCCCAGUAAGAAGAUGCGCCGGAAUCGCUUCAAAUGGGGCCCUGCUUCCCAACAGAUAUUGUACCAAGCCUAUGAACGGCAAAAGAACCCCAGCAAAGAGGAAAGGGAAGCUUUGGUGGAAGAGUGCAACAGGGCAGAAUGCCUCCAACGGGGUGUGUCCCCUUCUAAAGCGCACGGACUGGGUUCAAAUCUGGUGACAGAAGUCCGUGUCUAUAACUGGUUUGCGAACCGGAGGAAAGAAGAGGCAUUUCGCCAGAAGUUGGCUAUGGAUGCCUAUUCUACGGGUCAGCCUCACAGCAUGAACCUUUUGCUUUCCCACAGUUCCCCUCACCACGCUCAGCCUAGCUCUUCCCCCCCAAGCAAAAUGGCAGGAAUUCGCUACAGCCAACAAGGCAGCAAUGAAGUCACUUCCUCCUCAACCAUUAAUCACCAUGGCAACAACGCCAUGGUGACCACCAGCCAAGCUGUCCUCCAGCAGGUAUCUCCAGCAGGUUUGGACUCAAGCCACAGCCUCCUCUCACCGGAUGGUAAAAUGAUUACGGUUUCCGGAGGUGGUCUUCCCCCUGUCAGUACUCUUACCAACAUCCACAGCUUUUCCCAUCACAACCAACAACAGUCCCAGAAUCUCAUCAUGACACCGUUAUCGGGAGUCAUGGCUAUCACACCAAGCCUCAACAGUUCCCAAGCACAGAGUGUCCCGGUCAUCAACAGCGUGGCCAGCAGCUUGGCAGCCCUCCAGCCGGUCCAGUUCUCCCAGCCGCUGCACAGCCCACACCAGCAGCCGCUCCUGCAGCAGUCCCCCAACCCCAUGGCCCAGCAGCCGUUCAUGGCCACGGUAGCACAGCUGCAGAACUCACACAGUAAGGAUCUUGUCAGUGUAUGCACACAAGCAGGAGCCCCCUCAGUAUUCCCACACAUCCCGGUUCCCUUCAGCCAUGGUGGUCACCGAUACCAGCAGCAUCAAUUCCUUAACCAAUAUGUCUUCCAGUAAACAGUGUCCACUGCAAGCUUGGUGAUACCCAGCAUCUUACAUCUUCUGCAUCGGGCAACCAGAAAUUAUUUUUUCCACUACAUCCUGCCGGUAACUGAUAAUGGAGACCUGAGGCUGGGGGUUGCCAUAGCAAAGCUUGAACAGAUCGUCCAGACUCAUCAAAAUGAGGAGCCCAUUAAGCUGAGGACCAGUAACAGAGUUUUAAAAGGCAACACUUUUUGGUGACUUGUAAGGGCAUCCAUCUGGGCCCAGGCCUCAAAGACCAGGCAUCCCCCCCCCGCCCCCCCCAUGCAGUAUUUUCCAAGACUUGUCUUAAGGACUUUGCAAGUAUUUUGCUUCCAGUGGGCAUUUGUCACUUAACAAGAGAAAGAAGAACAAAAUGGAUACUAAAAAGGAGAUGGAGAAAGGGAGCAGGUGAAGAUCAAUCAUAUUUAUGAAGUUACAUUCCUCCACUAAAGCGGACUGGGAAGAGAGAAGUCGGAACUGUUACUUCAGGUUGGGAAGGAGGAACUUUCUGUGCUGUUGAACUGAGCCAAGUGAAUUGUAAAUACAGAGAAAUUCCCCCUCCUCGCUCCCAUCCUUCCUUCCCCCCAGGGUCUACCCACAGAGAUUUAUAUUAAAGAAAGCUAAUGUUAUCCAAUGGAUGUAUACAAAAUUAAGUGCAAUCUUCUCCACCUGUAUAUAGAUCUCUUUUUCUUUCUUUUCUUUUUUUGUAUGGACAGAGUUUAAUAUGCAAUUUUUCCUGAUGUAUUUUGUUUGUUUUUGAAUGAACGGAAGAAGAAAAAGAACCUAGCCAAGAAUGGUAA